AUGAGAAUUUGUAUUAGGACAAUACUCGGGAUAUUAUUGCUUUCUGUAGCUCCAUCUUCAGUGGUUGCCAACCAACUAAAUCAUUUAAAAGAUAUUUUAGAGAUAGAAAAUAUACCAGCUCCGCAAUUUAACUUGCAAGACUCUACAAACCAAUCAUUGCAGCUAUUAACUUCAAAUGGGUUUGAUACACUGAAUUUUGUACAUUAUAAUGGGCAACAAAAUUUUACCCAACCUAUUAUCAGUUCAUCACAGAAUCAUUUGAUAUAUUAUUCAAAUGACACAUAUAUAAGACUACUAGAUAUUCCAUAUUCUACUCGAAUACAACAUAUUAUACCUUAUGGUCAGGAUGCAUUUAUUCUAUCAGGAACAGGGUCUUUAAAUGGUUUUGAGCUUUCGAACCAAUUGGUUUAUAAUUUGACAGAUUUAUCCUUAACGCCAAUAUUUGAGAAUAAGUUAGUGCCAGAAGUUAGAACAAUUUUUAAAGAUCCAGACACUAAUUUGGUUUAUUUUGGUGGGAAUUUCUCAUAUUUGUUACCUGACUCAAAUAUUUCCAAUGGAUUAAUCAUUUGGGAUUCAUCAUCAAAUGACACUAUAUCCUAUGAAUUUGGUGGCUUUGGAUCAAACUCGGUCAUUAAUAAUAUUUUAAAAUUAAAUAGCAAUGACUUAUUAUUUUCUGGUCAAUUCUAUACCCUUGAUGAUCCUUCAAUUUUGCAUAUUCCUUACAAUAUUACUUUUCCAAACAAUACUUCCUCUUUAUUAUCACAGCAAAAUGUUUCUACUUUUGAACUAAAUCAAAGGAUACCAUUAACAUUCGGUAAAUUCUCAACUGCAGAUACUAAUGAUUAUAUUAAUAAAAAUCAACUAAUUUGCCCGACCUCAGAAAUUGAGGCAUGGGCAAGUGAUUCUAAGGCAGGCUCCUUGCAAAUAACUUUACCAUUUAGCAUACGACCUUCGAAAAUUAGAAUUUUCAAUUCACCAGACCCAGAUGACGAGGUUGCAACUUUUAGAAUAAACCCUGGAAAUCAAAAUUCUAUUAUGAGCUUAGCAUAUCUGGAUCCUUUAGAUGGUCAACUUAAGUAUUGUUCUGAAUUUUGCCCACUUUAUAAUAGAAAUCAAUUAAAAUUAUUCAAUAGCAAUGAUAAUCUAAAGAGUCAUGUAAUUACUUUACUAGAUAAUAAUACAACAGAUAUUAAAUGGUCUACAACUUAUCAAGAAUUUGCUUUUGUUAAUCAAUUCGAUUUAACAACUUUAGAGUUUCAAGCAUUAUCUUCCUAUGGUUCAAGAGUUGGCCUAUCUGGUUUAAGCUUAUUUCAAAGUGAUAUUGCAGUUUUUGCAAAUGAAUCCUAUAACAAACCUUCUUGUAACGAUCAAACUGCAUAUGACAAUGAAGAUUUGAUUAAAGCGGCACUUCCGAGAGUGAUGGGUAGUUCUUACUCAAUAUUAUCCGAUAACGAUUGGUAUACCCCUUUACCAAAUUCAGAUUAUUUAGCCUGCACAUAUCUUUCAAGUAGCAAACUUAUACCUACCGUCACUUUUUAUCCAAACCUUUUAUAUGCAGGUAACUAUACUGUCGAUAUGAUCACCCCUGGCUGCACAGCUGAUAAUUCAUGUGAUUCAAGGGGUAUUGUAAAUGUCACAAUGUGGAACCAAACCGAUUCCUCGAUAUUACAAACAAGUCUAAUUUACCAAACAAAUGAAAAUUAUAAAUUUGAUCAAAUUUUUAACGGUUAUUUGGAUCCUUUAGUAAAAAUUACAAUGAGCUUUUAUUCGGGUGUUUAUUCUAAUACUGGUAACUUUACCAUAGUUGCAGACAGAAUUAAUUUAAUUAUCAAUUCAUUGGAUUUUGUUACAACAACCAGUUCUAAUGAGAUAGAUAUUUAUAACGUAACUUUAAACGGCUUAUUCCAAUAUCCUGAGUAUAAUUCAGUUAAUAAUUUAAAUGAGAAUUAUACUAAUUCAACGAUUAAUCAAUAUGCAUAUAGUAACUACCCUGCCAAUGUUUCUUUAAUUGCAGCAGCAUAUGAUAAAGAUACUUUAUUAGUUGGUGGAUCUAUAAAUAAAUUACAAGAAUUUCAAAUUGAAAAAAAUGGACAAAACAUUUCGUUACAAAAUACAUUCAAAGACUUAAACUCGGUAACUGGAAUUGUACCAUAUUCAGAUGGUUUGAUUGCAUAUGGUGAUAUUAUGGAUUCAUCUGGUUCUUAUAAAGCAAUUACUUUUACCAAUAACAAGUUUGGAACUUUAGGAAAUUUCACUGAUGAAAUCCAAAGUUUUAGUAAUAUUUCUUUGACGACAUCAUGGGAAAUUUUGUCAUUCAAUAAUAAAUAUUUCUACAAUCAAUCAAAUAUGGAAGAUUUUAAAAAUACUUCCACUUUUGAAUUGUCAUUAUGGUCAGCAGGUAAAAAUGCACAGAAUGAUUUGAUUUUUUCUGGUCUUGUUUCAGAAAACGAAAAUGUAAACCUGACUGGAGUUGUCAGUAUUAACGCUAAUGAGCAAAUUAAGGAAUUAAAUUUGGGAAAUAAUAUUUAUCCAUACAGCGCUGUAUUCUUAAAUGAUAGUUCUACGAUAUAUGCUUAUAUGGAACCAAACACGAGAUUAAACAGAUUGAUACACAGCAAUGGAGAACAGAUAUCCUGGAGUUGGAAGAAUAAAAUUUCCAGCAUGGCAUUUUUUCCAAAUGAAUCAUUAUUAAGUGUGGGAACAAUAAGCGACAAAGAUGUAUUUCCAAGCUUUAGUAUUCUAAAUUUAACAAGUAAUAAAGUUAUAGCUAAUGAAACAUUGAACAAAAAUUCUCAGAUAUCUUCGUUACUUUAUUUCACAAAAAAUUCUAGUGUUCUAGUAGGAGGUAAUUUCACGUUCUCUGACUAUCAGUGUUCAGGAUUGUGCUUGUUUAACUAUGAAACCAAAAAUUGGUCAACUUUUAUGAAUAAUACUCUGGAAGGAACUGUUAGUAAGUUGGAACUGAAAAAUAAUUCAAAUAUUUUAAUUUCAGGUACAUUAUCGACCAAUAAAUCUGCUAAUAUUGAUCUUGCCCUUUUGAAUCUUAAUACCUAUAACGUAAGCAUUCUUCUUCAGAAUACAAAUCUUACCUCAUUUGAAUUUACUGGUAACCAAAUUGCAGCUUGGAACUCAUCUACUUUAUUUCAAUACAAUAACGAAGCAUGGAGCCAAAUUCUACUACCAAAUGGCACUGAAAGUUUGAAAUUAGAUAGUAUUUCUAUUUUUGAUAUCACUAAUAAGAAUAGUUCAUCUAUUUUAGAAAAGCGCGCAUUAAGAGAUACGAAUAUUAUGGUUGCGACGGGUCAAUUUUAUUCUAAAGGUUUAGGUACUGUACAGGCGUUGUAUUACACCUCUGAUACCUGGAUCCCAUAUUUUUAUGGAAAUUUGACAAAUAAUAUGGACACCAGUAAUAGCAUUAAUAUUUUUCCAAAUAAAGAUAUAUCCUCCAAAAUAAUCAGUGAUUUUGUUUUAAAGAAUUGGAAUUUCAACUUAUCAGAUGUUGGAAAUUCUACGAACACCACAAAUUCUACCAAUACUACUUCAACUACAAAUUUAACAUCCCCUUCUAACACUACAAGUCCACAACCAAGCAGCUCCAUUAUCCCUAUAAUUGGAAAGCAGCAGAACAAAAAACAUAAAAUUCAGCGAGGAUUUGUCGUUCUCAUUGGGCUUGCACUAUCGUUAGCUACUGUUGCACUACUGGGGAUAUUUGGUAUUUUAUUAUCCUUUAUUUUCCGUGACAGUAGAGGUGACUAUGAGUCUUUAAAGCCUCGCACUACAGAGCAUGAAAUGUUUGAUGCUGUUCCGCCAGAAAAACUAAUGCCAUUUGUACUAUAA